AUGAGUAAAGAAUUAUUUUUUUUAAAUAUUGUUGUUACAAUUUUAUAUUUAGUAAAUGGAGAUUCUUUAAAUUAUUUAGAAGAUGUAAAGCAUACAGCAAGAGCUAUGAGAAUUAUGACUGAUAUGCAUCGAAGAUUACGUCGUCAAGCUGCUAUUCGGAUGCCAAAUGCUUUAGGUCAAAAAAAAUUUAAUCCUAAUCUUAUGUGGAAAAAAGCUUUUAAUAAAUUAAAAAUUAUAAAUAUAAUGAGAAAUCCAAAACUUUAUCAAGGAGAUGUAUUGUUUACAAAAAUUCAAGCUGAAUAUAUGGUUCAAAAAACAAGAAUGCAUUUAGCACAAAGAGGUAUAAGAUAUCCAACAAUUUCUUUUGAAAAUACUACAAGAGUAAAAAGAAGAGUACUUACUAAUAAAUUUUUUAGAUGGAAUAUGCCAAUUGAAAUUUAUAUUGAACCAGAAGUUGAUAAAAGAGUUGUAGAUAGAGCAUUAAUUGAAAUUCAACAAUACACAUGUAUUAGAUUUAAAAAAGUAGUUCCACCUCUUGUUGGAAGACCUGGAAUACGAUUUUUUAAAGGUACUGAUUGUCAUAGUUAUGUUGGUAGAGCAUAUGACGAUAAAUUUCAAGAAAUUUGUAUAGGAAAUGGUUGUGAUAGAGUUUCUACAAUACAACAUGAAACAUUACAUGCUUUAGGUGUUUUUCAUGAACAAGCUAGACCAGAUAGAGAUAAAUAUAUAACAAUUGUAACAAAUAAUAUUUCACCAAAUAGAUUAUAUAAUUUUGAUAUUAUUGACAAACAAGAUUAUGAUGAUUAUGGUCUUACAUAUGAUUACACAUCACUUAUGCAUUAUCCUAUAAAUUUAUUUAGUGUUAAUAAUCAACCAACUACACUUCCAAAAGAUAAAAAUUAUAUAUUAUCAAUUGGUACACAAGAAAAACUUACAUAUAAUGAUAUUAAACUUAUAAAUCUUCAUUAUUGUUCAAAAGUUUGUCCAAAACGAAUAUCAUGUGCUAAUUGGGGAUAUCAAAAUCCAAAUAAUUGCAAUCUAUGUGUUUGCCCACCUGGAUUUAAUGGACCUAAUUGUGGUACAGUAGGUGUUUCUUCAAGAAACUGUGGGCAAACAAUUUUAAGAGCAACUGAAAUUAUACAAGAAUUAAGACCUAGAGGUAUAGGUUUAUGUCAUUUUAUGAUACAAGGUCCUGUCGGAACAAAAAUUGCUUAUAAAUUUGUUGAAGGUGAAAUUUAUCCAAGAUUCAACGAUUAUUGCACAUAUGAAAAUACAAUAGAAAUAAAAUAUUGGAAAGAUAAAUCAGUUUCUGGAGCAAGAUUUUGUGUAGAACCAAUGAAUUUACCUCGUUUUUCUUUUGAUCAUUUAUUAGAAAUUGUUUAUCGUAGUAAUGAAACUGAAAAUUAUGCUUCUAUUGUUUUUAAAAUUGUUAAGAAUUUUUAA